GAGAGAGAGUCAAAACUCAAAAGAAGGAGAGAGAAAAAAUGGCCUGGCUUACCCGAUUCGUGACAGCAGUGACGUUCUUAUCAAUCGGAGUCGUAUUCUCGCCGGAAACCUUCGGAUCAAAUUCCGACGGCCAACAAUCGCCUAAAUUAUCCGUUCUCAUUAAGCUUGCUCAUCUUCUCUGUUUCUCCACCGCCUGGGGAGCUGCUCUAUGGGUCACUUUCAUCGGCGGUAUCAUCAUGUUCAAGAAUCUUCCGAGGCAUCAAUUUGGAAAUCUGCAAAGCAAGAUGUUCCCUGCAUAUUUCUCAAUGGUCGGGGUUUGCUGUGCUGUAUCAGUAGCGUCUUUCGGCUACUUACAUCCGUGGAAAUCGUCCUCCGUUUCCGAACGAUAUCAGCUUAGCUUCCUCGUUUCCGCUUUCGCGUUUAAUCUCAGCAAUCUUCUCAUUUUCACGCCCAUGACUAUCGGGAUGAUGAAGGAGAGGCAUAAAAUUGAGAGGGAUGAGAAUAUUGGAGAAGAGAUUGGUUGGUCAAAGAAUAGGGAAGCUGCUAAGGCUAAUCCUAAACUUGCAGCUAUGAAUAAGAAAUUUGGGAUGAUACAUGGUUUGUCUUCACUUGCUAAUAUCUUCUCUUUUGGUAGUCUGGCAAUGCAUUCAUGGUAUUUGGCAGGUAAACUCAAUCUUUAGCUUUCAAUAUGUGAAACAUUUAUAGUUUGUUGCUAUACUAUUAUGUACUUGGAAGGUAAACUCGAUCUUUAGCUAUCGAUAUGUGAAACAUUUAUAGUGUGCUGUUAUACUAUUAUGAAAAUAAACUUUGCAUCUUGUUAACCAA